AUGUAAAUAGAUACGAGAGAAAAGAAUUAGAGAGAGUCCAAAUUCCUUUAAGUGUUAUAUGAAAUUUUGGAUGUAAAUCCAAUAUUGAUAAUAGUAGAAUUCAAACUAGAAUAUCGUUUAAUGGUCUGAUUCAGGCUUUUUUAUUUCCAGUGUUUAAACAUUUAAAACUAAUUUGUUGCCUCAAUAUUUUAAACACAAUAAAUACUCAAGUUUCUUAAGGCAAUUAAAUAAAUAUGGCUUUUAAAUAAAGGAAAAAUAAAAAGACUCUGUCAAGUUCAUUCACGAAAUUAUUAACUAAGACAAACGAGAACUAAAGAAAAAGUAAUUGAUUAAAAAACAAGAAAACACUUUGAAUCUUAGAGAAGAAAUUGUAGACAUGAGAUAAGAAUUGAUUAAGUUGCAAAAGCAAUAGACAAUCCUGAAAUAAUAAAUGGAAGCUUCCAAAAAAUUGAUGAGUUAUCUAUUCAAGAGUAUGACUCGAUUUAUUAAUGUAUAAAAAUCUCAUACAAACUAGGUUACUGCAUCCACUAUUGAUUAUUCAAAAGCUUUUUCAACAAUGCUAUUAUCCAACCUAAGCAAAGCCAUUCCCAAUGUAUCAGGAGAUCUAUUAUAAGUAUAAUUAAUUUCCAUUCUCAAACUAGCACUAACUUGGGGCUGCUAAACUAGCCUUUCCAGAUUUCUUUACAUCAACUUUUGUUACUCCGACAGCAAGCUUAUUCGGAACUCCAAUACCAUUUUAUAUCUCUAUGCUAUAAGAAUUAUUGUAUCUAAGGGAAAAUUGUAAUAAUAAAUGA